AUGAAAAUUUUACAAAAACUUCAAGAAUUUGUAAAAGACAAGUUCCUGCCAAAAAAGGACCAAAACCGAUUCAUUGAAUUUUCAGAGUUUUUCAUUUCUGAAUCGAUUGUGAAUAUUUUUGGACUAACGAGUCUUCCUUCACGUCAAUCUACAAUCGGAAAUAGAUGGAAAACAGUUAUUUUGAGAGUUUCGGUGAUUAGUUUAAUAUUGUUGAUAGUUUUAUCAGCAAUGAGUAUGAUAAUUGCAUUAAAGAACAACGGCUCACUGGUCAUCAUGGCUGAAAAUGUUUGCGGAAUUACUGGCUCAAUAUUAAUGCUAGCUAAAGUUUAUGCUAUUUUUUAUUAUCAUCGCGAGAAAAUUGACAAAAUAAUCAAUACAUCAGAAAUGUAUUAUCCACAAGACAACUGGAAUCAGCAGGUCUUAAAAGUGUCAGGAUACUAUCAAGCACUCAAGAAUCAUGAAGCAGUUGGAAUCACAUUCUACACAAUGGCAUGCAUUUUUUACCUAGGCACAAUAUUUGUUCUUCAACUAUAUAACUUGAUCACAUCACAUGAACUUGGAGUUCACUUGAUUCUACAGCUUUACUUCCCAUUCGAUCAAGCUCAAGCAUUUGUCUUCAUUCCGCUGAAUAUUGUUGCAUUGUUUUCUAUUACUUCUGGAAUGUAUUUCCUUUUAAUGACUGAUUUGCUAUUUGCUGAACUUGUGGCACUACCUGCAAUGGAAUUUCAUAUUUUAGGACAACUUAUAAGUGAGAUUCAACCUGCAGAUGACCAGGAAAGGGCACUUGAUGAUCUGAAGAAGCUUGUUAACCCAUUCGAGUUGACUACAAUUUACCAGCUUUAUACUCCAUAUGAUCAAAACACCUUCAGCUACAUAAUUGUAAACAUUAUCGCAAUGCUUUCACACUCUUCUGGAUUAGCUUUCAUUUUUAUGACUGAUUUGCUGUAUGCUGAACUUGUGGCAUUAACUGCGAUGGAAUUAAGUAUUUUGGGUAAAAUGAUGAGUGAGAUUGAUCCACAAGAUGACCAAGAGAAUGCACUAAGUGACUUAAAAAAGUUCGUUAAGGUUCACGAAGACUUAUUUGAAGUUAUUGACAAGCUGCAGGACAUAUUUUCAGUCAUUUUAUUCAUGGAUCUUUUUGGAGUUAUAGGGAUGAUGUGCACAUUGGCAUUUUUAGCAUUUGCUGGAAUCGGAUGGCUCUUCUUCACACGGUUUUUCUUUUUAUUCUUGGCAGCAUCGUGGAAUGCGUUUAAUCAUUGUUUCCAUUGUGAUCGCCUGAGCGAUGCUUCAUUGAGCGUUGCUGACGGUAUUUAUAAUAGCUCUUGGCCAAAUGGAAACCACAAAUAUAGAAAAUAUGUUCUGAUAAUAAUGAGCCGAGCUCAGAAAGCUCAGGUAUUGAAUGGAUUGAGCUUUUUGGAUGCAAAUUUGGAAACCUUUAAAUGGAUCACAAAUCUGACAUAUUCAUUUUACACAGUGCUUGUUACUUUGUAUGAAUCAGAUUAG